UUGAGCGGCGUGUUCCUUUAAGCCUCCGUCGUCUCCACCUCAGCUCCAGUUCCCGGUCUGGGGCGCUAGUCUGUUUGGAAUGUUCGUGGAACUCAAUAACCUUCUCAACACCACCCCUGACAAAGUGGAACAGGGUAAACUGACACUACUCUGUGAUGACAAGACCGAUGGCAGUUUUCUUGUGCACCAUUUUCUCUCCUUCUACCUCAGAGCUAACUGUAAAGUCUGUUUUGUGGCACUCAUUCAGUCCUUCAGUCACUACAAUAUUGUGGGACAGAAGUUGGGUGUCAGCCUGACCGCAGCACGGGCACGUGGGCAGCUUGUGUUCCUUGAAGGCGUCAGGUCCUCUCUGGACGUCUUCUUCCAGACUCAAGAGGAGCUACACCCUCUGCAGUUUCUCAGGGAGGCCAGCGCUGGGAACCUGCAGCCGCUGUAUGAGUUUGUGCAGAAGGCCAUGAAGCCCAUGGACAGUGGGGAGGCUGUGUGGAGGUGCCCAGUGCUGCUGGUCGACGACCUCAGUGUGCUGCUGAGUCUGGGUGUGGGGGCAGUGGCUGUGCUGGACUUCAUCCACUACUGCAGAGCCUCUGUGUGCUCCGAACUGAAGGGAAACAUAGUGGCCCUUGUGCACGACAGUGGAGAUGCUGAGGAUGAGGAAAGCGAUAUCCUACUGAAUGGCCUUAGUCACCAGAGUCACCUGAUCCUUCGAGCUGAGGGGUUGGCCACUGGCUUCUGCAGGGACGUGCAUGGGCAGCUCAGGAUCCUGUGGCGAAGACCACCACAGCACACAGCCCAGUGGAAUCGGAGCCUCACGUACCAGUACAAGAUACAGGACAAAAGCGUGUCCUUUUUUGCCAAAGGAAUGUCUCCUGCUGUCCUGUGACCUGACUUAGGGACAACGGAAGCCACCUUGGACUGUUCUCAGGUGUAAAAGAUAAAGCCGCUGAGUGGAAAUGGGUCUUUUCACCAUAGUGGCUGUAGCUCAGCCACCUCACAUCCCCACUGCGACCAGGUGGUGGCGCUGUGUUUCCUGGGGCCACAUUCAGAGAACUCACUGAGGAGUCUGCCACCUCUGUGUGGUGGGCCCUGAGGCGUCCUUUGGAAUGUUCUGUGUCAAUAACCUUUACCCCUAGCUGCCCAUUUUGAUUUGUUGUGUGUGCCAGGGCCAGAGUGGAUUUGACAAUGCCAACCACCAGAGUCUGGGUGGCAGGCAUUCAGGGUGACAGCUAAGAUAAUUAUGACUGGUAUAAAGUGAGUUCCCACAUCAUAGCUUCCCAUGAAUUGUCUCACUUAAUUUUCAGCUUCAUCCUGCAUAACUGUUUUUCCUUAAAUCCAGGGAGGAGAUAGGUGUAGAGAGAUCUAGAAGCAUGUGCAAGGCUGCAGAACCAGCUGUGGGUAAUGGAGUCCUGACUCUAUAGCCCUGACUUGCUCACUAAUCCUUGUGGAAACAAGAAACUCCCCAGUUCACAACUUCCAAGUCUUCCUGAUUCUGUGCUGUCACCUGUGUGUUGAUGAGAUCUAACCAGCCUUCAGGCCUGGUACCCUGACCUUAGCCGCAUAAGCCCCCCGUGUAACGGACCCCAGUUUGCUGUUCUUGCUGCCAGGCAGUGUAGAGUCUGUUGAGGAACCGACAUCUUCGCCUGUGAAGAAAAGGAGCUCUAACCCCAGCUUCCUCUGGGUUCCUUCUUACAACAGUGGACACCAGGACUGUUAUCUGAAAGGAGGUGCUUUUUAUUAUAUGUAAAUUAUACCACAAUGGAUUUCACCCUAAAAAUAAAUAAAAUGUUGAAAAGCACUGCUUUGCAGUGACUAAGGGAAGUUUCAUCUGUUAAUUUAGCUUUUAUUUCAUUUUUUAAAAAAGAUUUAUUUACUUAUGCA